CCCAUUUGAGCGUCGGACCAGCCGCGCUUCCUCAGUCCGCCGUGUAGCUGCCACAGGCUGAUCUGAAGUGUCACGGUAGAAAUCUCCCCGGUUGUUUGUCAUCGGUGUUUACAUGCUGCGACUGAAGGAUCGUAGAAUACACUUGCUGAGGACACAGCUGGGUUGAUGUCCGCUGCUCCAACAUGGAGCCUUUAGACGUGAUCGCACACAAGAACGGUCGGCAGAGGAAGCUGGCAGGUUCUGCCCCCGCAAAUGUAAACAUUGGGGAGCUGAACAGAGGAGAGAUGAGUGGCUCUGAGGCGGAAGAAGAGGACGAGGCAGAGGGUCUUAUCAGGGGGUCGGAUUCAGAGGGCAGGAGGCACGCAGCCCGGCCGGGGAUCCGUGGCGAGUUGGGCAACGUGGCGCUUCUUCUGUUUCUCUACGUGCUCCAAGGGAUUCCCCUGGGACUGGCCGGCAGCAUCCCACUGAUCUUACAGGGCAAAAAUGUCAGCUACAAAGAUCAGGCCUUUUUCAGCUUCGUCUUCUGGCCGUUUAGUCUCAAACUGCUCUGGGCUCCACUGGUGGAUGCUCUUUACUUCAGCAGGUUUGGCAGAAGAAAGUCAUGGCUGGUGCCCACACAGUACUUGCUGGGCCUCUUCAUGCUCUACCUGUCUGUAACCGUCGAAGCACUGCUGCAGAGCGAGGGAGGACCAAAUGUGGUGAUACUCACUGCAGUGUUCUUCAUGCUUGCCUUCCUGGCAGCCACACAGGAUAUUGCUGUGGAUGGCUGGGCCCUGACCAUGUUGUCCAGGGAAAAUGUGGGUUAUGCAUCUACAUGCAACUCUGUAGGUCAGACGGCCGGAUACUUCCUGGGGAACGUGCUCUUUCUGGCUCUGGAGUCGGCUAAUUUCUGCAACAAGUACCUCAGAGCGGAGCCAAAGGACACAGGCAUCGUGACCUUGUCAGACUUCUUGUUUUUUUGGGGAGUGGUGUUCCUGAUUUCCACAACACUAGUGGCCGUCUUUAAAAGGGAGACUGCGCACGGCAAAGGAAAGAGGAGAGUCCCACAGGAGGAGACAAAGGGCGUCUUGGAAACCUACAAGUUGCUCUUCACCAUUAUCAAGAUGCCAACAGUCUUCACAUUUUGUGCCCUGCUUCUCACCGCUAAAAUCGGCUUCUCUGCAGCAGAUGCGGUGACAGGUCUCAAGCUGGUGGAGGCAGGAGUUCCCAAGGAGCAGCUGGCACUGCUGGCGGUGCCCAUGGUGCCUCUGCAGAUUCUCCUACCAGUCGUCAUCAGUAAAUACACAGCAGGGCCCCGACCGCUGGACAUCUUCUACAAGGCCUUUCCUUUCAGGUUGCUCAUAGGCCUUGAGUAUGCGCUGCUGGUGUGGUGGACGUCCAGUGUGAAACAGGACGGAGGGUUCCCUGUUUACUACUACACCAUCGUGCUGUUCAGCUACGCAGGGCAUCAGGUGGCGUUGUACAGUAUGUACGUGGCCUGCAUGGCCUUCCACGCCAAAGUGAGCGACCCCCUCAUCGGCGGGACGUACAUGACCCUGCUGAACACAGUCACUAACCUCGGAGGGAACUGGCCGUCCACUGUGGCUCUGUGGAUGGUGGACCCACUGACCUCGAAGGCGUGUCAGGGGGCCGUCGGGCAGAGCUGUGGUUCCACAGAGGAGGCAGGGCUAUGCGUGAGGGAAGGCGGUGCUUGUGUGACGACACUGGACGGCUACUACGUGGAGUCGGUGGUGUGCGUCGUGAUUGGUUUGGCCUGGUGGGUGUGGUUAGGGAAGAAAAUGAGACGGCUGCAGGAGGAGAGCCCCGCCGCAUGGAGGUGCAGAAUCAACCAGUGACGUUACUCACUUCUAUCAUCAACACCACAGACUCUUCUGGAUGCACUGUACCUCUGCAUCCUCUGCUUCAACUACAGCAGAACACUGAAAAUACUGUCAUUCCAUCCACGCCCGUCCGACUCACAUUCAGCUCGGUCCUGCUUUAGCUGCUACGUUCAGAAAACCGUGUCUCAACUCUGCCAGCUUGAAGCACACGAAUCUGAAGGAAAGCAGCAUUGUGACGUGGUGGUUAAAAGCCCUUUUGGUCGUCACUCCUGCUAACUGCGACUCUAAAAGUGUCCUGGAAACAUUCAGGCUGGUCAAGAACUUUUUUAGAAAGUUUAAAACAUUUUUUUUCUGUCAAACCACAAUCUGCUACUUGAAUAUAGCUUUACCAAACCAGAGCUGGGUCAAAGACUUCCUUCCUUUUUCUGUUUUAACUUGCUUGAAUUACCAGAUGGUUGGAUUUGCACAUUUUAAACCUCUUAAGAAAAACAGCAGCAAAAGUAUGCUAUUUCAAUUUGAGCCCUUGGUUAUUUAGAAAUUAAUUUUAAUAAACUCAACACACUCCUCCUGGACACUAGUUGUAUAGUCUGUAUUCAAGGAUGACAAAGGGAAUAUGUAGCGAUGCACUGUGUUGUCCAUUCCCAUAAAGUCUCCACACAGUCUUUUACACUGGGAGAUUCUCUGCUGGGACCUUUACGCACACCGUCAAGCUAUUUCAGCAUAAGGUGAAAGUGCAGUGACUCUCAUAGUCUCUAAUCUGCAGCCUCACGUUGGUAUUUAGGCCAUAGUAUCAGGAGUACUUUAAUACACGGCUAUAUAUAAUAAUACAUGUAUGUUAAAGGUUUUGAGAUACUGUGGGUUAAUGUCUCAAACUAUCUGAUCUGUCAUUGUAAUGUCAAAUUUGCCCGUCUGAUAAUCCACGCAAGUUUAACCUUGAGUGAAGAAGAAUCACUUCAGUUGUUUAAUGUAGAUCUGAUUUAAAAAAAAAUGAGUAUUUAAAUGUUAAUUGUUUUUUUGUUUUUCUCUGAAGUACUUUGUGCCUUGUGUAGCUGAUCAAAGUGUCUCGACUUUAAAGGCCCUCCAGCAGCAACAAGCUGGAAGGCCUGUGGUUGAAGAUCAAGGCAGGGAUCAUUAGUUCUAUAUGGUUUGAAUAUUAUGUGGUUGAGUUCAUAUACUGUUGUUUUUCAAUUACGCAAAAAAGCUCCAAUGCUUUCCACACGCUUAUUACGUACUCCUGUGUGUGUGUGUGUGUGUGUGAUCACACAUUCAUUAUGAAGAGUUUAAUUUGCACAUUGAUAUAUUCAUAAUAUAAAACCAGUGUCACAGAUGGUUAAAUGACCUGAGAUGUCUGAAAUAUUAAAUGAUUUUUGUAUCUUUUAUUUUUCCAAAUUUCCCUUGAAUCUGCUCGGUUAUAGGACCAAUUUAGAUCGUUAAUAUUGGACACUGCUGCAUUUGCCCGUUUAAACCUGUAGGUCAUAUCAGCAGGGCCUGGUUAUGUUUUCUUUACUGUUUGUUUGCCAGCACGAUUAUUCAUAGACUACUGAACUGAUUUCCUUGGAAGUUUUGUGGAGGGCUGGGUCAUGAUCCAAGGAAGAGCCCAUUUAAUUAAUUAUAAUUUAUUUCUUUAACAUGACGAGAUUGCACUUCUAGUUGGUAAUGAUAUUCAGGAUUUUUUUUUUUUCUCAUUUGUUUAAAAAAUGUGAAGUACAAUGAAUUUCUUGCUCACAAAAGAUCCAGAUCCCAGACCAGCAGCCUCAUAAGCAAACGCUCGGCUGUGAUGUUUUCAUAAAAUUGUACACAGAUCUGAUUGUUGCAGUAUUUCCUCUAAAGCCAACAUAGAUGUGAAAAGAGGUUGUUUUUUUACUCAUUUUGCAUAGUUCCUGAUUUCCUACAUUUAUUUUGUGAACAGCUGGUUAAAGGUCAAACAGUUUUUGAAUUAAAAUAAAAUAGAAAAGGUUCAUUCGGCCUUAAAUGCU